UUGGCCAGCAUGUGCAGUUUAACCGACGCCCAGAUCGAGGAAAUCCGGGAAGCUUUCCAAUUGUAUGACACAGAAAAGACAGGAUGGGUAUCCGUUAAGCAGCUCGGAGGAGUAAUGCGCGCCCUUGGUGAGAUCCUCACUGAGGCGGAGAUCUAUGACCUCGCCAACGAAAGUGGCACGGACUUUGGGGGUCAGGUACAAUUUAAGGACUUCCUAUACGUCAUGUCCAAACGACUGGAAGAACAGAAUAGUCUUGUGUCCUUGAAGCAAGCUUUCAAGAUAUUUGAUCGCAACGAAGUAAAUUAUUUUACGACAGCGGAGAUAAGAACAAUAAUGACCAAUCUGGGCGAGAAAAUGUCCGAUGAUGAUCUGCACGAGAUGUUCCAAGAUAUCGAUUUGGAUAAAGAUGGAAAAAUAUCCUUUAGCGAAUUUGUUACUGCCAUGCGAAGUUAAAUUAAGAAUUCUAAAUUUAAAGCGUCAAAUAACACAAACCCCUUUCCAAACAAGAAAGAAUUUUAAAAUAUUCAAUAAAAACGCUAUUUUUCGAUUUGAA